AGGAUUAAUGCUGGGUAAUUGUGUAACCUACGGCUCAAAACAAAUUUGUAUGUAUGUGCACUAAGGGAGAAUUUACUGAGAUAUUUAACUUACAAUAAUGAGCCGUCUUACUUCUCUGUUGCGAAGAACAUUUGGAGUAGUAAAAGAACACGUUGGCACAGAUCAUUUAGGAAAUAAAUAUUACUACGUACCCGAACAGAAGUCAUGGACUGGACGGGUCAUCCGGCCCAAGCGCCUAGUAGAAGCAGCCAAUCCAAAUGAGUUUGAGUACAUGGAAGGAAGCAUUCCUUCUGAAUGGGAUGCUUGGAUCAGAGGCAGACGGAAGCAGCCACCUACAAUAGAGGAGUUGCUACAGAACGAACGUUACAGGGAGCAGAUCAAAAUCAGAGCUGUAGAGGCAGAGGAGAAGGAUAAAGCCCUGCAGGCCAAAGAGUAUGAGGAAGGUUUAGUGGCCCGACCUGCUCAGACUCAAGUCAAAGGUCAUGCCUCUGCCACACAGUUUGGAAAGACUGAAUUCAGUGAGGACCCCGUAAGCACUGCCAACACAUUCCAGCCUGGGUCCUGGACGCCUCCAGGAAGCAAAAAAUAGGACUAUUUGAAACCUCCAUUGCUGUCUUCAAGUAUAUUUGCAAGUUAAAUUAAUUAGUAAUUCUUAGCACAUCCUGGUAAAUAUUCAGUACUGGUUUUCUGGAGCGAACUAAACAAAAUACUGCAUGUGAUGACUGGUUAACUUGGUUGAACUAUGUUUAAAGGAAUAUUUCAACCAAAAAUGAAAAAUUGCUGAAAAUUGAAUUACCUUCAGGCCAUCCAAUAUGUACAAGAGUUUGCUUCUGCAUCGGAACAGAUUUGGAGAAAUUUAGCAUUACAUCACUUGCUCAACAAUGGAUCCUCUGCAGUGAAUGGGUGCCGUCAGAAUGAGAGUCCAAACAGCUGAUAAAAACAUCAAAAUAACAUCACAAUAAGCUGUGCUAAUAAAAAAAAUCACAAUUAGCUGUGCUUUGUGAUAAAUUCCUCAUUAACAUGUUUUUAACUACAAACCACUGCUUAUUCAACUGUUUCAAACUAGUUCAAAAACACGUAUGUCGGUCGAUUUUUAUGUGAGAAGAUGACAGUUUGAUGACAUUUCUCACUGUUGGAAGUGUUAUUACAGAUUAUGGACUUUAAAGUGAAAACUUUAAUGGUAAAAUGAUGGAUGUGAACUUACAAACAUGCAUCUUAAUUGAUGGACAAUUGAUGUGUCAGUUGUAUGGAUUAUUGUGCCUUUUUUCCUCUCAUUUUACUCUGUUUGGACUCUCAUUCUGAGGGAACCUAUCCCAGCAAAAAUAUCCAUUGUUGAGCAAGUGAUGUAAUGCUAUAUUUUUUCAUAUCUGUACUGAUGAAGAAACAAACUCAUCUACAUCUUGGGUGGCCUGAGAGUGAGUACAUAUUAACAUCAUUGAAAUGGAUUAUAAAAUGAUGCAAAGAUAAAAAAAAAAGGAGGACUGCUUUAUGAUUGCUUUAAAAUCAAAUCAACUUUUGUAGAACAUUUUAUGCAUCAAAAUGACAAUUCAGAAGUACUGGAUGCUUGUUUUUGAACAGUCUUACCAUAUUGAAAAAUUGUUAUCAGUACAGACUAAUAUAAAACUAUUUCAGUGUACUUCCUCUUGCACUUUAUUUAGAAAGCGGGUAAAUAAAAGUUGCAGCUGCAGUUCUCAAAAUGUUGUUUAUCCACUUUAUUUUUAAAGGAGAAGUCCACUUCCAGAACAAAAAUUUACCAGUAAUGUAUUCAUCCCC